AUGCGAAUUCGAAGGUUAUGUGCCUGGAGUUCAAAUGUGCGUUUGGCGCGGUGGAUACGAAAACACAAGUUUGGCUGUUGGAAGCAGAUCACACAACUGGCAAUGAAAUUGAGAUUUGAGGACGAGCAUAAAUGGAGGCAAGGGGGAAAGGGUUAUCAACGAUAG